CAGUCUGUGGGACAGAUGAAGCAAUUUAAUAGCAGUAACGGAGGCUCCAAUGGUCUUACUCUCUUCAUGAAGCGUCGAGGGCGACGAGGAGCGUCUAUAAAUAAAGCACCAACUUCAUCUUCAGAGUCCUGCCUCGUACUACUGCUCUUGGGGAGUCCACAGCCAGGAAGAACUUUAUUAGUGGCGAGUGAGUACUGCGGAGGUUCUGUAAUGGCGGCCAAGGUGGUGGCGGUGGUGCAAGUGGUGUCUCUGUUGCUGUUGGUGGUGGUGGGGAGCCACGCCGCCGAGGGAGCAGGGGUAUCGUGUGGGGAUGCGUUGAACGCAUUGAUACCGUGCACCUCUUACCUUGUGGGGGCGGGAGGGGCGACUCCCAGCGACGGCUGCUGCCGGGGGGCUCAGAAUCUCGACCGGAUGGCGCCGACGGCGGACGCCCGCAGGUCCCUGUGCGAGUGCUUCAAGCAGACGGCGCCGUCCUUUGGUGUCAACCCUCAGCGCGUCCGCUCCCUCCCUGCCCUCUGCAACAUCAAGCUCACCGUAGUCAUCACCCCCAAUGUUGACUGCAGCAAGAUAGCCUGAUGCGACCGUGCUGAUCGAGCUCCCUUGAGUGAUAGAUUAUGGCAACCAAUAAGUAGUUCAGUACUCUUCAUUUGGAGAUUUACAAGAUCUAACAGGGUUUUCAUUUUACUGUGUUUUUGUUGGACGUUGGUGCAGUGAGUUUGAUGUCAGAUGAUGCUGUUAUCGUGUGUAACCCCUUUUCUUGCUUAAUAAAUAAAUUAAAAAAAAUGCCACUUGGUGC